CAAAUUAACGUAGACUGCAGCCGGGCCAAACUAUCAAAACCCUGACAUCGCCGUAAACACCAAGACGAUUUUCAUUCCUCUCAUUACUUUUAUUCCUUUCAUUCGUCCUCAUGGUCAUUCAUAUCAGAGGCCAUCCCCACGCGAGAGAGCGGGGAUAAGCAAGGGUAGAUCGGCCAAGCUCGUCUCCGCGCAUACGUAGGCGAUAACAGUUCACCAGCGCAGGCUGGUGGAGUUGAUAUCAUCUUCGUCCUCGGCCUGGGAUCCAACCCCGAUACGACAUGGCGAGCGAAGAGACCUGCAGAGAUGGGACUUGCGGCAACGGCCGAUGCACCCAAAGAUACGACGCCCGAGACCAAUCAGUUCGUGAACUGGGUCAGCGACUUCCUUCCCGAUGAUUUACCUCCCACAAUCCGCCGAGAAGUUCGCAUCUUCUAUUAUAACUACGACUCAUACUGGCAGAGGGAUGCAUUACAUACGCGGCUGGAGCUCCUUGGGAAAAGGCUUCUAGAACACAUCAGGGGGAUCCGCAUAACCGAGGCGGAGCGAAGCCGGGACCUGAUCUUCGUGGGAUAUAGCUACGGCGGCCUGGUGGUCAAGCAGACACUCGUUCAAGCCCAGAGGAAUCGAGACCAUAAUCAUGUUAACCGAGACCUUAACCAAAUCGCCGAAUACACCAAGGCGAUUCUCUUUUUGGGUACGCCACAUCAUGGGUCUAGCCUCAGUAGAUUGGGUUGGUGGGUAGCGCAAGCUCUCCGGCUACGCGGGUCGAACCCCUCCAUCUUAGCCAACUUAGACUGCGAUUCAGUUCCGCUAUUCGACUUGCACAGCGACUUCACAGAGAUUACUCGGGACGACUGGUAUAUAUUUAACUUUUUCGAGCAACGGCGAAUAGAGAUUUUCCGGUUCGGGUUAAUUCGGUGGGAACUAUUUGGUGUUCCCGAGCAGUCCUCUACAUAUCAUGGAUCAAAGGUCCGAAAUAUCGGUCUCCCAGUCGACCAUUACGGGCUGAACAAAUUUGGGACAAGAAGUGAAAGUUACCAAAUUAUACUUUCGAUACUUAAAGAAGUAACUGUAUCCCGGUCUCGCUCGAAGAAGCGUCACUACGGCGUCUGAGAGCGACUGGAAACGCCGCCGCCGCCGUCCGCGACCAUCCCCUUCUCCCGCGACCCCGACUUCGUCAACCGCGGAGACAUUCUCGACCAGAUCGACCAGCUAUGUUCGAAGCCGGCUGCUCGGGUUGCGCUCGUAGGCCUGGGCGGUGUCGGCAAGUCGCAGCUGGCCAUCGAGUUCGCCCACCGGAUCGCCGCGCGGCACCCAGACACGUGGGUGUUCUGGGUCCAU